AUGAGACGUCACAUUCUCGUAGUGCUCGCCCUCUUUCCUGGACUACAUCCCUUGGGCCAGCAAAUCAUUAUGCCCCCAUGGCCGAGGAAGAGCCCGCCAACAGGCUUAAAGACGUUGCAUGCCGCCUCUCUGGCCAGAUCAGCAGCAUAUCGUCACAACCCUCUUACCACCACAGCCAUGCCGCAGUCCUCGAGACCAUCACACCCUCAGGACGAUGUGCAUCGUCAGUCCCUUGAGGACCCAACAUCGUUUUGGGGCCGGCAGGCCGACCAUCUCUAUUGGCACAAGAAACCUUCCUCGACCCUGGUCCAGGCGAAGACGACCCUCGGGAAGAGCGGCGUCACUCAUGCAACCUGGUCUUGGUUCCCAGAUGGGCAGAUCUCGACGUGCUACAACUGCGUUGAUCGCCACGUCCUUGCCGGUCAUGGUCACCAUCCCGCCAUUUUUUACGACAGUCCUGUGACCAAGACGAAACAGACUCUAAGUUAUGCACAGCUUCUCGACGAGGUCGAGGUCCUUGCUGGCGCCUUACGAGAGGAGGGUGUCAAGAAGGGCGAUGUUGUGCUCAUUUACACGGAUCGAGGCAUCCCGGCCCGUGGUUAUACUGACGGCAUCGUGCGGCAUCGAUGGCGCCAAGGCACCGGCCGCGUUGUUGGACAUAGUUUCAUCGCCUAUGCCCCUCUCCUAGCCGGUGCUGCGACAGUUCUCUACGAGGGCAAACCAGUCGGCACGCCUGACGCAUCUGCCUUUUGGCGAGUUGUCGAAGAAUACCGUGUAACUUCCAUGUUCACCGCCCCGACAGCUCUACGUGCCAUAAAGCGGGACGACCCCGAGAACGCGCGCCUCAAAGACAUUGGCAACCGCCGGGGCCUCCGUUCACUCCGUGCCCUUUUUCUCGCCGGUGAACGAUCUGAGCCCGCCAUCAUCUCAGCCUACCAGGAAUUGCUCGACGAGUACGCUGCGCCCCCGGACGAGGGCGGAUCCCACGUCAUCGACAAUUGGUGGUCUACUGAGUCAGGAAGUCCAAUAACGGGUCGUGCUCUCGUACCUCACGUUGCUAUUGACGCGAAAAGGACUGGUCGUCACCCACCCAUCGGCAUCAAGCCCGGUAGUGCAGGUAAGGCAAUGCCAGGCUUUGACGUGCGGAUCGUAGACGAUGAGGGUAACGAGGUCCCGCGAGGCACUAUGGGCAACAUUGUCUUAGGGUUGCCCUUGGCUCCGACGGCAUUCCGAACACUGUGGGAAGACGAGGAACGGUUUUACAAGGGCUAUCUAAAGCGGUUCGAGGGGAAAUGGGUUGACACUGGCGAUGCUGGCUUCAUUGAUGAAGAGGGCUACGUCAGCGUCAUGAGUCGCAACGACGACGUGCUUAACGUGUCAGCACAUCGUCUAUCUAGCGGUUCCCUCGAACAGGCCAUUACCUCUCAUCCUUUGGUCGCUGAGGCCUGCGUCGUGGGCGUCCCAGACGCCCUCAAGGGCCAGCUGCCGUUUGCGUUCGUCACCCUCUCUGUUGCCUCGCAUCCCACCACUGCAGUGCCGGAUCCCGCGCUAGAGAAGGAGAUCCAGGAGCUUGUCCGCGCACAAGUUGGUGCCAUUGCGACGCUGGGGGGCGUGGUCCAGGGUAAAGGGAUGAUCCCCAAGACUAGAAGUGGCAAGACCUUGAGGCGAGUGCUGCGGGAGCUGGUGGAGAAUGCAUCCAAGGGGGAUUUUGAGAAGGAGGUCAGCGUGCCCAGUACGGUGGAGGAUGCGGCUGUUGUUGAUGUUGCAAGGAAGAAAAUCGGCGAAUACUGGAGAGUCAAGAGAAGUGAAGGCAAGGCAAAGCUCUGA